CCUAACUUUGUUACCAAAACAAUCCAUGUGUUAGCAACUUUCAAAGAUUUUAUAAACACACAGGAUAAAAUGGGCAAACUAAACGUAUCCAUAAUGAGAUACCUAACUCCGGAGGACUUCAGGGUGCUCACAGCUAUCGAAAUGGGUAUGAAAAAUCACGAAUUGGUCCCCGCACCUAUGGCAGCUUCUAUAGCAAAUUUACAGCACGGUGGGGUCCACAAACUGUUACGGGAACUGUGUAAACACAGACUUCUAAGCUACGAGAGGGGUAAGAAGUACGACGGAUAUCGCUUGACUAAUGCCGGAUACGAUUACUUAGCUUUACAUUCACUUACAAAACGCGAGGCUGUAGCCUCUUUUGGAAACCAAAUUGGUGUUGGGAAAGAGAGCAACAUAUACAUCGUUGCGAAUCUUCAAGGUGAAGAGCUCUGCUUAAAGCUCCAUAGACUUGGUAGGGUUUGUUUUCGUAAAGUAACGGAGAAGAGGGACUACCAUAAGCAUCGUAAGUCCGCGUCUUGGUUAUACUUAUCCAGGAUAUCUGCCACAAAGGAAUUCGCGUAUAUGACUGCACUACACGACAGAAAAUUUCCUGUACCCAAGCCGAUAGAUUUCAACAGACACUGUGUCGUUAUGGAAUUAAUACAAGGCAAACUAUUAAACCAUGUGAUGGAAGUAGAAAAUGUCGAUGCCCUCUAUGAUGAACUAAUGAAUUUAAUAGUAAGAUUUGCUGAUUCAGGGGUAAUUCAUGGAGACUUUAACGAGUUCAAUAUUAUAUUAACCGAAGGAGAAAAGCCCGUUAUAAUAGAUUUUCCGCAAAUGAUUUCGACGGAACAUGCCAACGCUGAAUUUUUCUUUAAUAGAGAUGUGAACUGCGUACGGGAAUUUUUCAAAAAACGUUUCAGCUAUAAAAGUGAGUUAUACCCCAAAUUUUCGGAUAUAGAAAGAAGCGAUAACUUGGAUGCUGAAGUUUUAUGCUCUGGAUUCACAAAGGAAAUGUCUAAACACAUCAAUAAGGAAUUGGGCAUCGACGACAGUGAAAAUAAUGAAGAUACAGAUGAAGAAAGUGUGGAUGAUUUGUGUCACGAAGAAGCGGAAGAGGAUGAAAAAGAAGAAUUUUUUGAUGCGUGUGAGACACUUGAUGAUAAGAAGACGAAUACUGAGAAAAAUUCAGAAACAAACUGUUCAAAUACUGAUACAAAUUACUCGACAAUUGAUUUUAUUGUGGAGCAAAUGAAGAACAACAGAUUACCACAAGACGAUGAAAAAAGUGAUCAUUCUGAUCUUCAGUCUUCCGACAAUUCCUAUGACAAUUUUGAGGCCGGAAGCGUGAGAUCGUCAGCCACCACCAUACAUCCAGACGAAAUAAAAAGGAGAUUGAAGAAACAGAUUGCUGCAAGGGAAAGACGGAAUCAGAGGAAAAAAUGUGUUGCGAAAGGAGAGGCUAGUGCUGUUACGAGGACCAGACGGGAAAAUAUAAACACGAUAAAGCAGAACAAAGGAAUUUGGGCUUAUGAUGGAUAA